GCCGUUCAAACUUCAAUCUCAACUAGUCAACAAACAGACGCGAAGCAAACUAUCUGUACGAAUUACGAGUUACGUUAGAAGACCCUUUUUAUCCCAUACAAAUGAUUUAAUUCGAAAGGUGGAAGUGUUGGUUGACAAGGUCUGCAUUCGCGAAAGAUGGCGACCGGAGAGGAUGAGGAGCGCAUGCAAAUAGACGAAAAUGAGCCCGAUCGCGAUGCCGUAGUUUCGAGUAGCGAAGAUGACGACUCCGACAAUGAGGACGAGUCCCCACAACCUGUUGAGUGGUUAGCGACAGGAAGGGAAAGACGAUCUACUGCUGGUAAUCGUAUGAAGUCCAUGAUCGCUGCAGAAGAACCUGACGACGAUCUCGAACUACUUUUCGCCGAAGAUGAGGAUGAUGCAGGCUUCACGGAUGUCGGUGACGAUGCUUCCGAUGUACAAAUGGACUCAUCGUCGGACGAUGAAGAUGCGCAAGAGGCUGCUGAUGAUUUGGAGGGUGAAAAAGAGCUAGAGAAACAGGUGCGAGAGAGUAGGCAGGCAGCGAGAAAACGAAAAGCCCAAGAAGCGAUACCGAUCAAGUUUCGCAAGAAGGUUAAAAUCGUGCCUACGCCGUCGAGAAGUUCGGUAGUACCAGAACCCAAGCCGCGACCCAAAAAGAAAUCCGAAAGAACGAGUUGGCUACCAUCCCCGGCCGACAUGCCUACGCGAGCUUCCAAACGAGAAACCACGAUGCUGAGUAAGGAGCAACUGCAUCAACAGAUGAUCGAACGAGAAGUGAAGCGUCUAAAACAAGUCGAAGCUAUGGAGAGAAAGGCAAAAAAGAUGGAAGCUUUGAAGAAGCCGCCCAUGACACAAGCAGAGAGAUUAGCUGAAGCGGCUAUCGUGGAAAAGAAGAAUUCGAAGAGUUUAAAUCGCUGGGAGGAGGCUGAGAAGCAGCGUGAGGAGGAACGGAGGGCGAAAUUGGCUGCGCUGAACAAUAGGACUCUUGAUGGUCCUGUGGUCACUUUCUGGAGUGGAGUAGGUGAAUGGGUUGAUGGAAAAUUGAAGCAUGUUGGAAAGGUUGUCACUAUUGAAGAUAAGCCCGCCAAGAAGAAGCGAGCCUCUACCACCGGGCAGGAAUUAUCAAUAGAGUCUCCGAAGGAAGAAUCUGAUAAACCUAAAGAACCAGUAUCGACAGCCACAAACGAUGCCAGCUCAGUGUCAACUAAAGCUCCAGAAGCGAAAGUGAAUGAACCUAGUAAAGAAGGGUCGGCACCAGCUCUAGCGGGCCCUAAAGAUGCCACAUUAGAAGGCGGGAAAACGGCGACUUCUAUAAUUACGAAUACACCAGAUCAGCCAAUACCACCCGUGGUAACCGGUACGGCAUCGGCUGAGUUGGCAUCACUCUCCAAAGACAAAGCGCCUGCACCUUCACCCGCAGGCCUGAGCCAGGCUCAAAUUCAGCCUCCGACCCAGAUCUCAGAACCGAAAUUACCGGAAACCAAACUUUCUGAGGUUAGGCCGCCAGAUAUACGACCACCAUCGACAGGUGUCUAUACAACCAGCAUGUUUGCGCCUCCCCAACCAUCUCAACUUAUGAAGCCUCCAGAGCUGAAACCGCCUUCGAAUAGCUUUUUAGCCCCCCCAGCAGGAAUUUCUCAGGGUGGUCUUUCUAUGCCUAUGAUCGGAUAUCACUCCACGCCUAAUAUUAGCAACCAUUCGGCGGUUCUCGCGCCCCCUAAUACCGCACAGAGACAAUCACCUCUCUCGAUGCCCCAAACGGGAGCACGUCCCCCUCCUCCCGUAUCGGCUCCUCACUUCACUCAACCAUUAACACAACCCACACCAACCACCUCUACACCUACAUCCAUACGUACGCCGACACCGGCACCUACAGUGACACCCAUUCCAUUAUCUACGUCGAUCUCCACACCAGCGCCAGCACCAUCACCUACACCUACACCUUUACCCCCGCAAGCAUCGACAUCGACCCUUGCACAGAAACCUACGCCAACUGUUCGGCGUAAUUACAAAAAUCUUCUAGGUGCGACUAAGUCCUCUAAGGCUGAUGUGCAGAAGCACCCGCCUAAAGAGACUUCACCACCGCCACCACCGCCGCCCCCCGCUAAUGGCAAAGCUACGCGAAAUUGUAUUAUCUUACAGAAUUUCGACGAGAAUGCUGUGAAGGAAAAGUCUGUACAGAAUCGAAUUCUGUUUGCCAAAGAUAUGGCUAAACUCCCUAAACCUGCUCCGGUGCCUCGUUGUGCUAUCACUAAUCACCCAGCUCGCUAUAAGGACCCUAAGACUGGGUUAUUAUAUUAUAAUUCUUACGCAUUCCAAGAGAUACGAAAGCUAUGGAGUGGCGAGUAUAAGUGGAGCAGAGUUGGCGCGUGGAUGGGUAGCGGAUCAUUUGCCGCGACUGGUGUACCGACUCGGUUCCUUGACCCAUCUGCACCCGGACCACCGAAGAAGACGGAUGUCCCAGAAGAGCCCAAAGAGGAUGCUCCUGAGUCGAAUAAGGAAUCAGGCAAGGGGCCUGAGCCUGAACCAGCUGUCGCAACUACCCCGGUUACACCAGUAGGCCCGGCUGCAUCGACCACGCCGAGUGUGUCUGGUCAACAAACAAAUCAAGCAGGUAUCGCGGUUGCGGCGCCACCCAAGGCAGACGUUACUCUAAGCCAGCCGUCAACCACAACUCAAGCUCCGGUCCCGGCAGCUCCUACCCAAAGCCUACCCGGGGCACCCGUAACUUUAUCGACCCCGGUUUCGGUUGCUCCUCCAUCUGAGAGUUCGAAGGAAUUUCCAAACCCUGCUUCAGCGUCAACAGCCCCAACAACAGUUCCAGUUAGCACCGCAGGGCCAGCAGUCUCAGUACCGGUGUCAACUACAGCACCUACCGCACCGGUAGUAUCUGCCCCUGUACCUGCUACUACGUCAAGCUAGAUAGCAAGAGGGAUGCAAUUAUAGCAGUCCAAAUGAGUCCAUAAAGGGUAUCAUUCUUUAACUAAUAGUAGAUAUGUAC